GAAAGCUGCAAAGAUCUGCCGUCGGAGCAACAUAGGCUACAGCCCAGCAUCGGCUGUCAAUAGCACCUUGUGUAACUUAUUAAAACAGGCCGACUGGCAGGCUGUCGAGCACCAUGGCUGGUAUUUUGGUGUGGUUUUGGAACGAGAGAUUCUGGCUCCCCCAUAAUGUAACCUGGGCUGACUUAAAAAACACAGACGAGUUAACCUUCCCGCAAGCUGAGGACCUGUAUCUGGCAUGCCCUUUAGCAUUCUGCAUCUUCAUGAUCCGGCUGGUAUUUGAAAGGUUCAUUGCGAGACCAUGUGCCCUGGGUAUGAAAAUCCAAGCCAACGGACCACAGAAGGCCCAGCCCAAUGCCAUCCUGGAGAAGGUCUUCACUGCCAUCACCAAGCACCCAGAUGAGAAGAGGCUAGAGGGGCUGUCCAAGCAGCUGGACUGGAACGUGCGGACCAUUCAGCACUGGUUCCGGCAGCGGCGCAACCAGGAGAAGCCCAGCACCCUGGCCCGCUUCUGUGAGAGCAUGUGGAGAUUCACAUUUUACCUCUACAUAUUCACCUAUGGAGUCCGCUUUCUUAAAAAGGCCCCAUGGCUGUGGAACACUAGAGAGUGCUGGUACAACUACCCGUAUCAGGCUCUCACGGUAGACCUGCACUACUACUACACGCUGCAGCUCUCCUUCUACCUGUCCCUGCUCUUCUCACAGUUUACAGACAUCAGGAGAAAGGACUUCCUGCUCAUGUUCAUGCACCACCUGGCCACCAUCGCGCUCCUCACCUUCUCCUACGUCAACAACAUGGUGCGGGUCGGCACGCUGGUCAUGUGUCUCCACGAUGCCGCAGACGUGCUCCUGGAGGCAGCUAAAAUGGCCAAUUAUGCCAAAUGUCAGAAGCUCUGCAACCUGCUGUUUGUCAUGUUUUCGUUGGUCUUCAUGAGUUCCAGGCUCGGCAUAUUCCCUGUCUGGGUCCUGAACAGCACGCUGUUUGAGAGCUGGGAGAUGGUGGGGCCGUUCCCGUCCUGGUGGCUCUUCAACCUGCUGCUGCUGCUGCUGCAGGCGCUGCACACCUUCUGGUCCUACCUCAUAGUGAGGAUCGCCUGCCGGGCCAUCUCCAGGGGCAAGGCUGGGAAAUGGAAUCCUUUACAUGUGUCAAAGGAUGACCGCAGCGACAUCGAGUCCAGCUCGGACGAGGACGACGCGGCGCCACCUCCGCCCCACAAGCACCACAGCAGCUCCUCGAACGGCACCAACGGAGCCCACGGUACCAACGGGUACCUGUCGGGCACGCCCUGCCACGACGACCACUGACCCGCCCGCAGUCAGACACUCCUGGGCGCUGGGGCACCUCGGGGCCCUGCAGUGCUCCUGAUGACCUUUGCGUGUGAAUACAUGAACAACAUUGCCUGUCUGGUACUGGAAGCUCUUCAUAAAGAUAUGUGAAUGCAGUUUGUUUGUUUUUUUUCUUUCUUUCUUUUUUUGCUAUGAUUUCAUUUGUUUUGCUCUCUUCUCCUUUAUCUGCUCUUCUUUAUUCUCUCUUUUGAUUAUUUCGCGUUGAAGGGGCUUGGUUCUCCCUGCGUUCUUGUGCACCUGAUUAUAACAGUGGGAUUUAAAAAAAAAAAAAAAUCAUUGCACUAUUGUUGGUACCGCCCACUUUUUCACUAGCCAGCGAAUGAAAGCAUUCCACUUUUAUCAUACGAAGCAUGCUGCUGUGUAGUGUGGAAUUAUGGGAAGAAGUUGAUCUUGCAUCAGUGUCUUUGUAUUUAUUUAUUUUUAUAUAUGUGUAUAUACUGUUUUUUUUUUUUUGGGGCUUUUAAGUCAUUUUGCUGUCAGUGUUUCAAAAGUGGCGCAGUCGUGAUAUCCACAGCAUCCACUGUGCUGUUCACCUGUCCAUCAAAGUGUGAACUCGUUCAGUAGGAGUCUUGUCCCUGGCUGCACACCGUAGAAACUGGAUUGGCCUGGAAUGCCCGAGCGCCCUUUUGCUAGAUCAGCCGCACUGUUCCUCUUACUCGCCAUAGACAUGAUGAUGUGUUGACACUUGACAGACCACCACAGGACGAUAUACAAACACACACGCUCCACCAGUAUGCUGUAAAUGAGAAAAUCAGUAACAGUGAUAUGUGUGUGUGUGUGUGUGUGUGUGAAGUUAUUACAACAAUAUUAUGUUAUUUGUCUACUAUCCAGUUGUAAUCGAAUGCAAGUCACUUCAUAGUGUGUCCCCUAACAACUUUUGCUGAGCAAGUCUACAUUGGAGCCCUGUGGUUCUGCUAUAGCCUACUGAAUUGCAUUAUUUAGUUUGUUAAAAUCCAAUGCAGGUACUAGAUCGUCCUAGUGGGAUAAGUAUUUAAGCCAUGCUAGCCCCGCCAUGAGGUUUAGAUUCAUCGAGCUCUCAUGAGCUGAAUUGUAAUUGUAUGCUGGAGAUGCAGACUGUUCUUAUACAAGUCAGUGCAUUGAGCACUUCCAUAGGGUGGUGUAUCUCAUUUAAAAAAUGAUUUGCACAGCUCUUCUAUCUGGUCAUACUUCUGCUUGGUUAAUGCUACAUGUGAGGAGAAGCCAGAGAGGACGGAAGUGAUGACUCCUGCCAGAACAGUUAUUGUGAUUCAGAGUCUGUUUGCAUGAGGGUACUCAUUUAAUCACGUAUUACAAUUCUAGCUGUUGAAUUAAAAUCUCUCUUAAGUUGAUCAUGGGGUGUAUGCAUAUAUUUGGCAAACUACAACUUCUACAGGCCCGGGUGUGAUGUCAGAUAAGAAUAUAAUGAUGGUGUGCCUCACUUGCGGUUUGCUUUUAGGAUGAAUUUAAUGAGGAAACAGUCAUGUCUGUUGCCUGUUUUUUUAUGUUUGCCAGGACAGGUUUGUUGUGAAAGCUUCAGUUAGUGCUUGUGAUUUGAAACAGAAAGGUUCUUCCACAGAUAGAUUCAGUAUUGCUGCAUAUCUGAGGUCCCCCCAGCAGUUUGUCCAGUGGGAAGCUGCUAUUGAAUGCCCUACACACAGACACACACACACACACACACACACACACACACUUUAUGCACUUUUGCCAGUGCAGAGGCGACUCACGUGGUUUACAAUGAUGUCAAAAAUGUUCACAGUAUUUUAGAGGGCAGAAUUUGUCUGCCUUUAUGAAAAACAGUGGAAAUAUAAAAAUGUUAGAGACAAUGAAAAAGUGUUGCCAUGAAUUUUGAAUAAACAUGACAA